AUUUUUUAGCUUUUCAUUCAUGGGGGAGGGGUUCCAUGCCGAUGGCUGCCUACUACUGGGAACUGCGACGACCCGCCCGGACCCGGCAACUGCUUCCAUCCAGCUUCGCUGAUGGGCAAUGCGGCUUGAGCUUCUUUUAGGUCAUCUCUUCGCACCCGAGGACACUACUUCUUUGUUUAUCUUCCUUCCACACUUCUCCUGUCCUCCUCCUCCUCCUCCUCCGCCUCAGUGACUGUGACUGUGAGGACCAGUCUUUGUUAAGUGAAACAUGGAGAGAAAUAGGCUGCUGCAAAUGAGGAAUCGUUGCUCGGGCUCAACACCAUCAGAAGAGUCAGUAUUGGACCUUGAAAGGAGCUGCUGCGGCCAUUCUAAUCUGCCUUCGUUGAGUCCUCCAACACUCCAACCCUUUGCCUCAGCUGGACAGCACUGUGAGAGCAGUGCUGCCUACUUCUCAUGGCCCACCUCGAGCCGGUUAAGUGAUGCCGCUGAAGAGCGUGCGAACUAUUUCGCAAAUCUACAGAAAGGGGUACUGCCCGAGACUCUUGGGCGGCUGCCCAAAGGGCAACAAGCUACCACAUUGCUUGAACUCAUGACUAUAAGGGCCUUCCACAGCAAAAUUUUGCGCUGCUAUAGCCUUGGGACAGCUAUUGGGUUUCGUAUACGGCGGGGAGUCUUGACUGACAUACCGGCCAUCCUCGUGUUCGUCUCCAGGAAGGUUCAUAAGCAGUGGCUCAGCCCCAUACAGUGUCUUCCUACUGCUCUAGAGGGACCUGGAGGAGUGUGGUGUGAUGUGGAUGUGGUGGAAUUUUCGUACUUUGGUGCGCCUGAGCCGGCUCCUAAAGAACAGUUAUACACUGAGAUUGUUGAUGACUUGCGUGGGGGCGACCCCUUCAUCGGCUCUGGUUCUCAGGUUGCAAGCCAGGAAACUUAUGGAACCUUAGGUGCAAUAGUGAAGAGCCAAACGGGGAGUAGACAGGUGGGCUUUCUCACGAAUCGACAUGUCGCCGUUGACUUGGAUUACCCCAAUCAAAAAAUGUUUCAUCCUCUUCCUCCAACCCUUGGACCUGGGGUAUAUCUAGGUGCAGUGGAAAGGGCUACUUCAUUCAUCACUGAUGAGCUUUGGUACGGGAUAUUUGCUGGGAUAAAUCCGGAGACAUUCGUGAGAGCAGAUGGAGCAUUCAUCCCAUUUGCUGAUGAUUUUGACAUGUCCACUGUUACUACAGUAGUAAAAGGUGUAGGGGAGAUUGGAGACGUGAAGAUCAUAGACUUGCAGUCUCCAAUAAGUGGCCUCAUAGGCAAGCAAGUAAUGAAGGUUGGAAGAAGUUCAGGCCUUACUAAUGGAAGCGUUUUGGCUUAUGCCCUUGAGUAUAACGACGAGAAAGGAAUCUGCUUUUUAACAGACUUUCUUGUUGUGGGUGAGAAUCGACAAACUUUUGACCUGGAAGGAGAUAGUGGAAGCCUAAUAAUACUAAAAGGUGAUGUUGGAGAGAAGGCACAGCCGAUUGGGAUCAUAUGGGGUGGGACCGCCAACCGGGGAAGGCUUAAGCUUAAAGUGGGCCAGGCUCCAGAAAAUUGGACCAGUGGAGUCGACCUUGGACGCCUUCUCAAUCUUCUUGAGCUUGAUCUGAUUACAACCAAUGAGGGGCUAAGAGUGGCAGUGCAAGAACAACGGGCUGCCUCAGCAACAGCAAUUGGAUCAACUGUAGGCGACUCAUCACCGCCCGAAGGGAUCACUAUGAAGGAGAAAGCUGAGGAGAAAUUCGAGUCUCUUGGUCUUCAAAUACAGCACAUUCCUUUGGACGUAGAACCGAGCAGCGCAGAAAUGAAUGUCUCUCUGAUGGAUACAGACUUGAAUCUGGAAGAAGGGAGUGGGGUCAAGGCAGUUCCAAGCAUUGAGCACGAGUUCAUUCCGCGCUUCUAUAGACGGUCCCCGCUGCACCAGAAUAAUCCAUCAGAUAGAGCCGUAUCUGAGAAUCUAUUGUGUUUGAGAAAUAACUGUGAUGAGGACAUCUGUGUAUCAUUGCAGUUGGGCGAUAACGAGGUGAAGAGGAGGCGCUCUGAUGCUUUAGAUGAUGUAAAGGAGCCAAAAUGACUCUGGCUGUCUCUUCUCUUUGAAUCGAGAGAUCUCAAUCCUUUACAUGUAUGAACUGCGAGACCAUAUUUUGGUGCCAAGUUGUAUAUCGACUUUGUCUAUUUAAGAAAAGAUGAGUGUUUACUUAUGGAAAUGUUUUUGGGUA